GUCUCGACCUUAACGAGGGUUUUUACCUAACUGCAGUGUUUCAGGGGUUCAGUCCAUUAAGGAAAGUGUUUGCGUUUCUCUGGUGUAGUAAUGACACAGCGGAUUUACGUCGUUGAUGCUACCUUCUCCAUGUCCACUUUUCUCUUUAUCUAGCGGAAGGUGCACUCUACAAUUAUGGAGUUUUGAAAAACGAAGUGAGGAUUUUGGGGGGAAAGGGAGCCUUUCCCCUCAAGUUUGAUGGUUGGACUGCUAGAAGAGAAGGUCAGAGGGUUGUUGAAAUUGUUGCCUUUUGUAAAUAAUGAAAUGAAAAACUAUUUUUGCAAACAUUGAAAUGUACAAUUUUGUAUAAAGCACGCCAAAAAAAGUGUAUUUAUUGAGUUUUUGAUGCCAGCUUAUGCUGCAAGCACCUUAGUUUGUGUUCGAUUAUUGGUCGAAAUGGUGGACUGAACAAGUCACGCAAAGGCUCUGGGGUCGCUAGGGUGCGGUGGAACCUCAACACAAGCACAAUUCUAGCGCUCCAAACCAUUUCGACCUUUUGUCGAUAGUUUUUUUUUUCCUUUCUUUCCUUUGGAGAACAUCUCUGUUUUAGUACGCGAUUUAAGUGACAGUGUUGCUUGUUUAUCAUAUUGUUUUUGAGUUUGUUUGCAAUUGUGGGUGGUGGGCUGUCAGAAGGACUUUGUAAUACAAAAGGGAGGAGGGUGCACGGGGAAGAUUUGGUGGAAGUCAGGAUGAGUCUGGUACCGCUGGACUGCACCCCAAAAUGCCGGUCACAGCAGCAUGCAGACCAGGUGGUAGCAGCACUAACGGGUGGCUCCGAGGGGCAGCUCCGGGCAUUCUUGACUUCACACUGCCACAAUGCAGCCACCUUGCGGGAUGCCUUUGGUCGCACAGCCCUGCACCUUGCAGCCUCACUGGGAAAGAAAGCCCUGCUCGAAUGGUUGCUGGAGAGUAAGAGUGCUGACCUGACGCUGAAGGAUAAGGAGUCCGGCUGGACCGCUCUACACCGCAGCGCCUUCUAUGGACAGAUCCACUGCCUCAUAUCACUGGUCAGGCAUGGGGCACUUCUGUCUACUCAAGACAAGGAGGGUCUGUCUGUCUUGGACCUGACAAUGAAGGACCGACCAGCACAUGUUGCUUUCAAAAACACUGACCCAACUGAAGUAUACACGUGGGGAAACAAUACUAAUUUCAGUCUCGGUCAUGGCAAUCAGGAGAGCCGACAGCACCCUGAGCUUGUGGAUGUGUUUGCCAGGACUGGAGUUUAUAUCAAGCAGGUGGUCCUGUGCAAGUUCCACUCAGUGUUCCUGUCUCAGAAAGGCCAAGUGUUUACCUGUGGACAUGGACAGGGAGGCAGACUUGGCCAUGGAGAUGAACAGACUUAUAUGGUUCCUCGAAUGGUGGAGGGUCUGAUGUCCCACCACUGCUCCCAGGUGGCAGCGGCUAAGGACCACACCGUGGUGCUGACGGAGGAGGGCUAUGUUUAUACUUUUGGCCUCAACACCUUCCACCAGCUGGGCCUUGCUCCACCUCCCGCCUCCGCACAUGUCCCUAAACAGGUGUUCUCCAAGAUGCUGAAAGGAAGGACUGUGAUUGGAGUUGCAGCAGGAAGGUUUCACACAGUGCUGUGGACCAGGGAGGCUGUCUAUACAAUGGGACUCAAUGGAGGCCAGCUGGGUUACUUGCUGGAUCCUAAUGGGGAAAAAUGUGUGACAGCUCCUCGGCAGGUGUCAGCCCUGCACCACAAGGAUGUUACCAUAGCCAUGGCAGCAGCUAGUGAUGGAGCAACAGUAGUUGUGACUGAGAAGGGGGAUGUUUACCUGCUAGCUGACUACCAAUGCAAGAAAAUGGCUUCAAGGCAACUUAACAUUAAGAAGGUCCUGGUCAGUGGUGGCAGUCUGGACCACCGAGUAGAUCCACAGAUCUUAAACGAUGGAGGAGGGGAGAAGGUCGUCAUUUUGGCGUUGGAUGAAGCUGGGAGGGUGUUUUGCUGGCGGUCCUCUGGCAGCUCAGUGAGACAGUGCCGGUGGGCGUACGCACGUCAGGUUUUCAUGUCGGACAUCGCUCUCAGCAAGAACAGCAUGAUGUUUGUGACUCAGGACGGGGAGGGCUUCAGUGGCAUGUGGGCUGGAGAAUAUAAGAAGUACGGGGAGAAGAAAGAGGUUAGUGUGGAAGUUUGUGGCCAUUCAGAUGCAGGCUCACUGUACGAACGAAUCCGCCUGGAGAAACUCCCCUACGUCCACAGAGCCGUCAGCAUCACCAUGGACUCCAAAGGACGAAACUUUGGUGUGCUUCAGGCCGAUCCCAAGACUAGCUUGUAUGAGGUUCCCAGCAUUUCUCCAUCCUCCUUCUCCCAACACUUCCGGAGCCUUCUGGAUGAGGCGGACGAAACAGACAGCAUCCACGAUGUGACGCUUCAGGCUGGGGAUCGCACCUUCCCGGCUCACAAGUACAUUCUGUCCAUGAGAUCCGAGUUCUUCCGGAAGCAGUUCAUGUCCGAGCAUUGCGGGCUUGAUGAUGAGCUUGACAAGGAAGUGAGGAAGAGCGAAGAUGCUGUGGGCUGUGAUUUACUCAUUUUGGAAAAAAUCCCACCAGACAUGCUGGAAUACGUGCUCCACUUCAUCUACACAGACUCCUGCGAGCUGCUGGUGCAUGGGGCCCGGCCAAGAGUCUCAGGGGUCGUGGUAGGACAAAACCAGGAUUCAGAGCAGGAGAGGCUUAUCAGCAGCCUGCAGGACUUGGAUCUGAGAGGUCGCUCAGCCCUCGAGGUGUACCGUUCCCUUCCCAAUGCAACCAAAGGUGAGAGCGACAAAGCCAAGAGCAAGACCUCCAAGCCUGGCAAGAAGGGUAAAGGAGGCAAAAGUGACAAGGCCGGAGCCAACGAAGGAGGGGCCAACCCUGUGAAAACCUUACAGGGUGUCGCAAAGAAGCUUGGCCUGAGCAGCCUGUCAGCACGGCUGGAUGGUGUCAAAUAUGAAAAUGGAAAAAUCAAUGUUAUACUCAAGAAAACUGGAAACAAACCCAAAUUCUACCGGAAAAAAUGCUCAUAUCUUUGCGAUGUUACUUUGAAAUCUGAAGAUGGGAAAGAGUUUCCUUGUCACAAAAGUGUUCUCUGUGCAAGACUAGAAUACUUCAACAGUAUGCUGGGAAACCCUUGGAUUGAGGCCACAUCCUGUUCUGCACUUGAGAUGCCGACCAGCUCAGAGAUUCUGCACGUCAUUCUGGAAUAUAUUUACACAGAUGAGUCUCCCACCAUCAAAGAGUCUCUGAAUGUGGAGUUUGUCUGCAACGUGCUGGUUGUGGCUGAUCAGCUCCUCAUCACACGACUGAAGGAGAUGUGUGAGGUCGUCAUCACAGAGAACUUGACACUGAAGAAUGCUGCAGAGCUGCUGGAAUUUGCCACCAUGUACAACGCAGAGCAACUUAAACUCUCUUGCCUCCAGUUCAUCGUGCUCAACAUGGCUGCCCUGCUGGAGUCAAAAGCUCUGGAUAUUCUUAGUGAUGAUGUGCUCUUGGAGCUUUCUGCAGCCUACAGGAGGAUGAUCCCAGCAAUGCAAAAGCGUGUUAUCACUCCGUACCCUGAUGCACCUGACCUCAGUAUGUAUGUGGAUGAAGAUUUGGACUCGGCAUUCAGCCCCAAACCAGAGGCAGAACUGGAUCACUCUUGCAGAGAAAUCCUGUUAAAGAAGGCCAAGAUGAAGGCUAAGAAGAAACCAAGGAGACGCUCAGACAGCUCAGGAGGCUACACUCUCUCUGAAGUCAUUCAAAGCCCUCCUGCUGCAGUGGUGUCUCUGAACCUGGUGAAGUCCAACAAAGCUAAUUCAACGGAGUCACUGCAGGAGCUUCUCACGUCGGACUCAGAAGGCAGCUACAUGGGGGUGGGCAGUCCUAGAGACAUGCAGUCACCCGUCUUCCAUGACAGAGCUGAGGAUGAGAAGGCUCUCAGUCCGAGGCUAAAGACCCCACCCAGCACCCCAACUUCCCUGAAGAACGGCCUCCCAACUCCCCCUAACUCUGCUCCACAAACCAUCCCCAAGGUCCUUCCCUGUCCGGCUCGUGCACCUCCAGUUUUGGACCUGAGAACCAUCAUGGACAUGGAAGCCAACUCUCUACAGACUCUUGGAGCAACUCCUAAAAGCCCUGGAAGUGUCAGCACCAGCAUCAAGCACUCCCCUGUUUCCACCAAACUGUCCCAGAAGCAGAGGAAGAUGUUGGCCAUGGCCAGCAAGGAGACCAUUGUGGAUUCCACAGCAUCCAAACCAACCCCCACAAUCACUCUAUCCAAAAGCAGUGGGAAGGCCUGGGCAACGGCCGUCCAGUCUCCACCCUCAUCGUGUUCUUUUCGGGCUCUGCUGGAGGAGGAGGAGAAUCGUUUAAUCAGAGUGGGUCAAGCAGGAAGUCAGAGGGGUCAAGGUGCCCUCGGUUCACCUGUCACUGUUACACCUGCUGCCAGGAGGGUCACGUUCAAAUGUGCUGAAAGCAGCGAGACGGAGAGACCCACUGGGCCCUGGGUGCUGGGUGCAGUGGGCAGCCCUCCACUCCCCUCCCUGGUGACCUUUGCUUCCAUCGUGGAGGAGGAGAAGCAGCAGGAAGCCGCUCUGAUCCGCAGCCGAGAGAAGCCGCUGGCGCUCAUCCAGAUUGAAGAGAGGGCAAUCCAGGACCUUCUCCUACAUUAUAAAGCGCGUGACAACCCAGAUGAGCUAAUAGUGGUGGAGAGGUCUUCCAGAGGUCCUAUGGCAGCCCCAACCUGGAACAAACACUGAUGUUUAACAGCACAUACCAUCAAAGUGAGAACAUCGCGUCCAGUUGUCACUCUGUAUUUUUGUCAGCGUCUCAGCUGCAGCUUCCGCCAGAACCCCAUCACAUCCAUCAGUCCGUGUUGAGAUGUUCCUCAGACUCAACCAGCCCAGCUGAGCCUGAAGCAAAACUAUGCUUCCUUCUGCAGUGUUACUUUCUUUUAUUGCUGCUCAGCAUUUUGUUUGUGUGUGAGAGAGAAUGAGUGUUUUCCAUAAUUGAAUGUGGUCUUGAAGAGAAGUUUUGGGCCUGGGAUUACUUGUGCAUGUUUCAUUUUUCUUUCUUUUUUUUUUUUUGGUGGAAUUAUAUCAUUACUCAGCAAAACAAUAACAUGAAAAGUAAACAACUUUCAUAAGUAAAUAUUGUAAGUGAUGUGAAGUUGAAGUUGCCAAAGAAAUGAAAAUAUACUGAGAUCUUCAAGCCACAAAAUGGGUCCAAACUAUGGGUGUGUGGAAGCUCUUGGUGUGAGUAAGAAAUUCAGUGCCAAUUAUCAACUGUGGCAGAGCAUCAACUGCACUUAAUAAGUAAAGUAAGCUGUUUACCAAGGCAGUACAGAUAGUUUCUUUCUAUGUUCCAUUUUAUCUUCUACAAUAUCUAAUGUUUUCGUGGUUGCAUCAGCUGAUUUGCAGUGAUAUGCUAAUAUUGCUGGAAUUUGUGAAUAUGCAUUUUAAACAUGAAUAUAGUUCACAUUUGGCAGUUGAAAUACAUUAAUUGAUGCAGUUGCAGUGACUUGUGAAGUCAGACUACACUUAAUAGGAUAGAUUGUGUGAAACUGGUUAAAAAUGGUGGUGUGCCUUUAUUAAUGAAUGACACAUAGAUACAGCAGCUAAAAAUCUUAUUUUUCUCUGUAUUUUUUUCUUUCUCCCUUGUUUUACUCUCCAGUUCUUUUCCUAGAGCCAGUGUAAGCUUGACAGGUACCUCAGAUCUGGACCAUGCAUUGUCAUCUUCAGAUGCCAUUUUUCCAUACGUGCGUGUGAAUAAGACUUAAGGAUGUGAAGAGAAAAUGGCAUGCAAUAAUAAAAGAACUCACCUGUGCAAUGA